AUGGCAUUCAGUGGAACCUACCAGCUCGAGUCACAAGAGAACUUUGAAACUUUCAUGAGAGCCAUUGGUGAGCUAUGCUAUUGCAGGAACUAGGAGCCAUAGAUUGCGAUUCUUUAUUUUCUAAGCUUGCGGUUUUCAGCUAGAAAGUGAAUGUAUAAACAAGAGUAGAUAUGAGUAAAAUAUUCUUUGAAGGUAUUCAUUUUAAGGUGCAAUGAGGAAAAACAGAGCCAAUUACUCUGUGUGUCAUGAAACAGAUGCUGUACUGCAAGUAAGCAACAGAAAACAGCACAGGUACAUAGUAUCACACCUGGUAGUAGGAUAGAUAGAUAGAUAGAUAGAUAGAUAGAUCGACCACCGACCCAACGAUCGAUAGAGACAGACAGACAGACAGACAGACAGACAGAUAGAUAGAUAGAUAGACCGACCCAACGAUCAGUAGAGAUAGAUAGAUAGAUAGAUAGACCGACCAAGCAACCCAACGAUUGAUAGAGACAGACAGACAGACAGACAGAUAGAUAGAUAGAUAGAUAGAUAGAUAGACAGACCGACACAACGAUCAAUAGAGAUAGAUAGAUAGAUAGAUAGAUAGACCAACCGACCCAACGAUCGAUAGAGACAGACAGACAGAUAGAUAGAUAGAUAGAUAGACCACCAACCCAACGAUCGAUAGAGACAGACAGACAGACAGACAGAUAGAUAGAUAGAUAGAUAGACCGACCCAACGAUCAGUAGAGAUAGAUAGAUAGAUAGAUAGAUAGACCGACCAAGCAACCCAACGAUUGAUAGAGACAGACAGACAGAUAGAUAGAUAGAUAGAUAGAUAGAUAGAUAGACAGACCGACACAAUGAUCAAUAGAGAUAGAUAGAUAGAUAGAUAGAUAGACCAACCGACCCAACGAUCGAUAGAGACAGACAGACAGAUAGAUAGAUAGAUAGAUAGAUAGGGGGCUCCAGUCUGAAUUUAUUUGAUGUGAGAGUGAUCCAUUACAAAGGUGAUCUAAGUAAAUAUUUUGCUCAUUUCUAUAGAUUUUCUUUGGCUUAUUUUUUAUUUAUUUUUCUACUUUUUUUUUUCCAUGGGGUUGAUAAAGUUCACUGGUUAUGAAAAUUAAUCUUUCCCAUAUGGUAUUAUUUUUUAUAUCUUGCAGUUUGUGGCAAAUCAGAACAUUCAGAAUAAUAAAGGGAUUGCAUGGAAUAACUCCCAAAAUAGGCUCCACAGGGAACUGGAAUAAAUUGACUGAUUUUUUUAAAAUUAUUAUUGUAUUGUUUUACUUUAACAUCAUUUUUUACUUCAGUUUGAUAUAUCAAAAUUAUCAAAUUUUAAACUCAAGAUCUAUCUACUGUCUAGCUGAGUACCUUGUAUAAAGAUCUUUAAUAGAUCUCAGCUCCAGACUCUUUACCUUUUGUAUUGAUCACUGUAUUUGUACAGUAUUGUUCUCUCAGUUGUACAGCAUUGCGGAGAUUGCUUGUGAUAUGUAAAUGUCAGUAAUCAUAAGAAUAAUACUAAUAAUGUCCAAACUUGUCCCUAAAUAUGGCUUAUGUAAGGAAUUUAGUAGAAAUUCACUUGCAAAUCGGCUACCGAUGAACAAACAUUUUACAAGUCUUACAGAAAUUCGCUAUGUUUAUUUGAAAAAUCCAAACUGCUGCUAUGUAUGUUUUAAGGAUACAAUGUAAAUGUGCACGCAGUUUGCCUUACCAGUUCCGCUUUCUAUACCUACAGCUGACAAUCUGGCAACAAAUUCAAAGCUCUUUACUCCACUAUUAAAUGAAUACAUGCAUAAGUUAAAGUACUGCUAUUAUAAAAGGCCAUUUAGUGUAAAAAAACAAAAAAAAAAAUCAACCAUAAUUAUAUCUAAUUCGAAGCAUUAGAUAUAAUCCAAAUCAUAUUAUUUGAUUAAGAAAAUUGUAAUAUUUUGUUGUUGCAGUUAUGUGGUCUAAUACAAUUUGUGUUUUGUUUCUCCAGGUCUACCCGAAGAACUGAUAGAGAAGGGGAAGCAUGCUAAGAGUGUCACGGAAGUUGUGCAGAAUGGAAACCAUUUUAUUUUCACUGUGACUACGGGACCUAGGGUUCAACGUAGUGAGUUUACCAUAGGUGAAGAGGCAGAGUUUGACUCAAUAAAAGGAGGGAAGGUCAAGGUAUGACAAUACAUAUACAGCCCAGAAUAAAAUUUAUAACCACACCUCACCCUUGCAAAAAUAGUUGUAUAUAGUCUGGUUCACCAAAUUCCAUACGUGGUGUCCAGAUUCUUACAGUAACAGCCCGUAAAACGAGUCCUAUCCCCACGUUUAUCGCCAGUGGACUGGUGGGUUUUCUUGGUGGGGUCUCUUUUGUGCCCUACAUAGUCAAAGAUGAUAUUACAUGACAAUCAGAGGUACCCCUUAUAAAGAGGACUGUUCUGAUCUAAGACACAAACAAUACCUAGACCGCUUUUUAUAAUAUGAUGUCAUUCUUAUCUCUGAAACUGUUGGUCACCAACUCACAGCUUGUCCCCUGCCCGGUCAACCAGAUCAGGCUCUCUUUGCCAACAGCUCCUAACCCUCACAGUUCUCACUGGUUCACUUGAGCUCUAAUCUGUACAUCAUCCAUAAAUACACUCUCCAUAUUUCAGCACUAUGUAAAAAACAUCACAAUUAAAUGAGCCCAAUCCAGAAAUAUUUGAGUGUCAGACUGACGUUCACAAUGGCUAUCAAGGGAAAUUUUCCCCUGAUUUCUAUAGUUAGUUUUUUUACUGUUUUUCCCCCUAUAUUAGGGUUAAUGGAAUUUACUGGUGAUAUGCUGGCAAUGAAACUGAACCUUUCAUUUCUUGUUUUUCUGUCUUGUAGGCUGUUGUUAAUCGGGAAGGGAACAAGCUGAUUACAAAACUUGAAGACAUCACCACUGUCACGGAGUUUGAUGGAGAUAAACUAAUUAAUGUAAGAUUAUAUAUUUUUAGUAUUAUUUCUAAGCAGCCGAGAAUAGAAUGUAUCUGUGUAAUAUAUGUAUUUAGAAUGUAUCUAUAGUUCUCUACAAUUCAAGCGGCGAUGACACCGACCUGUUUUGGAGCCAAGACUCAAUAACUUGCACAAAUAGUUUUUCUUGUUAACAGUGAAUGCAAUGACACAAGCACACACAUUUCCCAUGUACCGGUAUAUAUAUUUUUUCUCAAUAACCUCUAUUAGAAAGCAGCAAACAUGGAUGUUUGGGUAAUGUACAGCAUCCUAGCUUGCCUCUCUUCCUUUUGUAAGCGGAGAACAAAGAGGGUGGAUUACCUUGGCUAGGGUAUGAAAAAGUACCAGUUUCUGGUACUUAAGCACUCUUAAUGACUAAUACAAUACAUUGACAUUUCGUAAACCCUGAGGGCGGGUUAUACACUAAAAAGUCAGGGAUGGUAAAUUAUCAAACAAAUUGCAAAUUUCUGCAAUGAUUUCCAUGUGGGAAAAAUCACCAAAUCCUCUGUUAUUUCUCUAUUAUUUUUAACAGUUACCCCAACAGUUACCCCAACGUCCAUAACCACUUUGCUUUUUGAAGUGGUCAUGGAGGAAGGAAACUGUCUGUGCAGUGUUUCAGAUUGAAACAUUGCACAACCAGAGUUAAUCUACCCUGGAACGGGAUUUAAGGUGAGUAAAAUGCAUGAAAUUCCUUUCUUGGAGCAUUUGAGAGGGAGACCUAAAGAAUAAUGCCAAAUAGGGCAUUAUUUGUUUUUUUGUUUUUAAAGUUAGAAGAGUUGGAGUAA